AUGGCAAGAGCUAGAAGAGGUAUUUUACUUCAGUGUGAUCCAUCAAUAAAGGCACUUAUUGUACAGAUUGACUUUGAGAGACACGAUAUUAUACUAGAAGAGUUGGAUGAUACUCAUCUACUGGUUGAUCCAUCAAAAGUAGAAUUCGUUAAGUCUGAAUUAAAUCGUUUAUUAUCAAAGAAUAUAUAUAAUCCGAUGGAGGAAGAAGAAAAUAUGUAA